CAGACAGCUGCAGCGGCACAGGAGCUAGCAAACAGAGCUGUAAACAGGGGAGUUUGAGUGGGAGUUCUGUUGGAGGAGAAGAUUAACAGGAUUUAGGUGGAAAGGAUAUGACAGAUACAGAGGUGGCAGUGGGAGUGACCCAUGUAGCAGAUGACACAAUGAAGAUGACUGGAUGUGGAAGCUGUGGUAUGUACAUGAUCCUGGAGGGGGCACCUGGUAAGAGUUUUGUCUGCAUGAAGUGCCGUCUGAUAGAGCUGAUGGAGGAAAAGAUCCGAGGUUUGGAGAUGCAGGUGGAAAGUCUGGUAGAGUUUAGGAAGGGGUUUGAGCAGAUUAUGGAGCAAAGACAUGAGGUAUCUGAAGGGAAAAGCUCAGACUUGCAGAUGGAAGCAGGACUAGGGAAUUCUGAGGGGAGACUGGGUGAGGAAAGUGGUCAGUGGAAGCAUGUGACUAAAAGAACUAGGCAGAGGAAAAGGCGGGCUAGUGAAGGAGAAAUAGAGCUUAAGAAUAGGUUUGCAGAGUUGGAAAAUGAAGAAGGGGCUCAGCAGGUAGUCACUGAGGGUGACAGGGCAAGGAAGAAGAGAAGAGAGGUUAGUCCUAUAGGAAAAGGGGAAGAGUUAAUGGAGAUUACACCAAAUAUGAGCCCCAGGAGGAUACAGGAUGGGUUAAAAAGGAUUACAAGGGAGAAUGGGAAUGGAAAGAACUUGCAGCCAGAGGGAACAGGGGAUAGACUGGAGAAUAGCACCGUCACUAGGAAAAGGCAGGUCUAUGUGAUUGGGGACUCUUUACUGAGAAGAAUAGAUAGGCCUGUAACCAGAGCUGAUCCAGAAAAUAGGAGGGUGUGCUGUCUUCCGGGUGCUAAGAUACGGGAUGUAGACCUGAGGUUGAAAAGGAUUCUAAAGGGAGCGGGAAAGAAUCCCCUAAUUAUCCUUCAUGUGGGAACAAAUGAUACGGCUAGAUUCUCGCUGGAAAGUAUUAAGGGAGACUAUGCUAGGCUGGGGAGGACACUUAAGGAAAUUGAGGCUCAGGUGAUCUUUAGUGGGAUUCUGCCUGUUCCUAGAGAAGGGCAACAAAGGUGUGACAAGAUUAUGACUAUCAAUAGAUGGCUUAGGCAGUGGUGCUAUAAGGAGGGCUUUGGGAUGUAUGGCCAUUGGGAGGCAUUCAUGGAUAGAGGACAGUUCUCUCGGGAUGGACUUCAUCUGAGUAGGGAAGGAAAUAGACUUCUAGGAUGGAGGCUGGCACAACUGAUUAAGAGAGCUUUAAACUAGGAAUUUGGGGGAGAUGGUUGGGAGAUGUCCAGGUAAUCUCCACGCCAGAAUUCAGCAUAGAGUGGAAAGAAAAUGAAGUAAGAGUGGAUACAGCUGUAGGUAGGAGGAAGGGCAGUGUAGAUACAAGUCUAAUAGGUUAUACUGGUAGUAAAAUAACCGUGCCUAAUAGGGUACAGAAUGUGAGUGAGGCUAAACAGCAAAAAUUAAGAUGUUUGUACACUAAUGCAAGGAGCCUAGGUAACAAAAUGGAGGAACUAGAGUUACUGGUGCAGGAAGUGAAACCAGAUAUCAUAGGUAUAACAGAGACCUGGUGGAAUAGUAGUCAUGACUGGGCUACAGGUAUUGAAGGGUAUGUGCUGUUUAGGAAAGACCGAAAUAAAGGUAAAGGUGGUGGAGUAGCACUGUAUAUCAAUGAUAAGAUAGAAUGUAAAGAAAUAAGAAGCGAUGAAAUGGGUAUGACUGAGUCUGUCUGGGCAAAAAUUAAAUUGGGGAAGAAAACUAUUAGAGCCUCCCCUGGGAUAGUGCUUGGGGUGUGCUAUAGACCGCCGGGAUCUAAUUUGGAUAUGGAUAGAGCCCUUUUUAAUGUUUUUAAUAAAGUAAAUACUAAUGGAAACUGUGUGAUCAUGGGAGACUUUAACUUCCCAGAUAUAGACUGGAGGACGAGUGCUAGUAAUAAUAAUAGGGCUCAGAUUUUCCUAGAUGCGAUAGCUGAUGGAUUCCUUCAGCAAGUAGUUGCUGAACCGACUAGAGGGGAUGCCAUUUUAGAUUUGGUCUUGGUGAGUAAUGAGGACCUCAUAGAGGAAAUGGUUGUAGGGGAUAAUCUUGGCUCAAGUGAUCAUGAGCUAAUUCAGUUCAAACUGAAUGGAAGGAUUAACAAAAAUAAAUCUGCGACUAGGGUUUUUGAUUUCAAAAGGGCUGACUUUCAAAAAUUAAGGAAAUUAGUUAGGGAAGUGGAUUGGACUGAAGAAUUUAUGGGUUUAAAGGUAGACCAGGCCUGGGAUUAUUUUAAAUUAAAGCUGCAGAAGCUAUCGGAAGCCUGCAUCCCAAGAAAGGGGAAAAAAUUCAUAGGCAGGAGUUGUAGACCAAGCUGGAUGAGCAAGCAUCUUAGAGAGGUAAUUAAGAAAAAGCAGAAAGCAUAUAGGGAGUGGAAGAAGGGAGGGAUCAGUAAGGCAAGCUACCUUAUUGAGGUCAGAAUAUGUAGGGAUAAAGUGAGACAGGCUAAAAGUCAAGUAGAGUUGGACCUUGCAAAGGGAAUUAAAACCAAUAGUAAAAGGUUCUAUAGUC